UCGAGUAUACUACACUCUCUGCAACGAGGCGUGGGAUCAACGAAACCCCCUACGAAUAGUAGUUGCCGAAAGGAAUUAGGACAGAUUCAAUUGAAGGACCAAAACCUACAACAUGUUCUGUUAUUCAAAGAUCUGAAACUGAAAGAUUGUGUCCUUUUGAGGUUCCAGGCAAGACCCAGUUCUGUAAUCCCUUGGAAAAGAAAACAGGGAAGCUAUCUGUUGCGUUACGUUUCGAUAUUGUUUUCUUUCUCACUUUUCCUGUCUGUGGAUGGGUGAGGAGGGAAUGGUAAGUGAUGACAAGAGCACUGUUGUCAAAGCCAAUCCAAAACUAACAGUAUUGCCACUUAUUGCUUUGAUAUUCUAUGAGGUAUCUGGGGGUCCUUUUUGGUGUAGGGAUUCAGAAGGCGGAGGUGGCCCUCUUUUGUCUUUGCUUGGCUUCUUGAUAUUUCCUUUAAUUUGGAGCAUCCCUGAAGCUCUAGUCACAGCUGAGCUUGCUACAAGCUUUCCUGAAAAUGGCGGUUAUGUAAUUUGGAUAUCUUCAGCUUUCGGCCCCUUUUGGGGUUUUCAAGAAGGAUUUUGGAAAUGGUUUAGUGGGGUUAUGGAUAAUGCCUUAUAUCCUGUUUUGUUCCUUGAUUACUUGAAGCAUUCAUUUCCAAUAUUCAACAAUUUAAUUGGUCGAAUUCCAGCUCUUUUAGGAAUCACAGUUUCGCUAACAUAUUUGAAUUAUAGAGGACUACAUAUUGUUGGGUUUUCUGCUGUUUCCCUUGCUGCUUUCUCACUUUUCCCCUUUCUUGUAAUGGGGAUUCUCUUGAUUCCUCGAAUAAAGCCUAAGCGGUGGCUUGUAAUGGAUUUUAAGAAGGUGGAAUGGAGGGGUUACUUUAACAGUAUGUUUUGGAAUCUGAAUUAUUGGGACAAGGCAAGUACUCUUGCAGGGGAGGUUGAAAAUCCAAGUAAGACCUUUCCAAAGGCACUUCUUGGAGCAGUGGUUUUGGUGGUUUCCUCAUACUUAAUUCCACUUCUUGCUGGGACAGGAGCUUUGAACUCUUCUUCUAGUGAGUGGACUGAUGGAUAUUUUGCAGAAGUUGGGAUGUUGAUAGGAGGCUUCUGGCUCAAAUGGUGGAUUCAAGCAGCUGCUGCAAUGUCUAACUUGGGGUUGUUUGAAGCUGAGAUGAGUGGAGAUGCUUUCCAACUUCUUGGAAUGAGUGAGAUGGGAAUGCUCCCAGCCAUCUUUGCUUCAAGGUCAAAGUAUGGGACACCAACAGUUAGCAUCUUGUGCUCUGCCACUGGAGUUAUUUUCUUGUCUUGGAUGAGUUUUCAGGAGAUCUUGGAAUUUCUUAACUUCCUAUAUUCGAUAGGAAUGCUUCUAGAAUUUGCUGCUUUUAUAAAAUUGAGAGUAAAAAAGCCUGAACUACAUCGGCCUUAUAGAGUUCCUUUACAAACAUUUGGCGUAACAAUGCUUUGCCUGCCCCCUGCCUUAUUGCUUGUUCUUGUCAUGUGCCUAGCUUCUGUAAAAACAUUCGUUGUAAGUGGUAUGGUUAUCAUUGUUGGGAUCUUCCUUUACCCUGCUUUAUUACAUGCAAAGAAUAGGAAAUGGACCCACUUUAAUAUAGAACAGCUGGUGGUUCCUUCAAAUGAUUUGGAUGUGGCACAACCGCAUCAAGAAGUUACAGAUGAGGCUUCAGUUAGUCUUCUUCCGGUUUUGAAACCAUCAGAGAUUGACCGAGAACUCUCUGAAACUUCAUUGGAAGGAGUUCAAAAAUUAGAGUAGGAUCUCCUUUGUAUACUUUUGUACUAUGAUUCAUGGUGUAAUCGGAUUUUUCACAGAUUAUUAGUUAUGUAUUCUCCUUGGAAUCUAUAAAACUGUACCACAUUGUUCCAAAUUUAUAUGCAAAGAAUAAAAAAUUUACCCAAAGUAAUUUGGGUGGAAAUGGUUCC